AUGAGCCCCUGCUCAAGACGCCCGGGAAAGACCCUGCCCGGACGCGGCGAAAGACGCCUCCCUGGGCGCGGGGGGGAUGACCGCCUGCUCAAGCCCCGGCGGAAGAGACCCUAUAAAGACCGGCGGAAAACACCUCCCAGGACCGGGGGAAAAGAACCCUGCCCAGGCGCGGGGGAAGAGACCCUGCCCAGGACGGGGCGGAUGGCCCCGCUCAAACGCGGCGGAAGAGACCCUCCCCAGACGCGGGGGAAGAGACGCCUCCCCAGGCGGGGCGAAGAGACGCCUGCCCAGACGCGGCAGAAGAACGCCUGCCCGGGAGCGGCGGAAGAGCCCCGCACGGACCGGGGGAAAAAGGACCCCCUGCCCAGGAGGGCGGCGGAAGAGACCCUGCCCAGGACCGCCGGAGAUCCCUCCCGGCGCGGCGGAAGAGUUUCCUCCCCGGGACCGCCGGAUGGUCGCCUGCCUGGCGCGGGGGAACAGUCGCCUGCCCGGCGCGGGGGAAGAGACGCCUGCGCAGGAGCGGCGGAAGAGACCCCUGUAAAGCGCGGCGGAAGAACCCCGCCCGGGACGCGGGGGAAAAACGCCGCCCAGGACCGGCGGAAGACACGCCUCCCGGACGCGCGGAAGAGACCCCCUCCCCAGGACGCCGGGAUAGCCGCCUGCUAA